AUGGGUGACCAGAAUCGGAUAUCUAUAACGAUUUGCGGGGAUGGUGGCUGCGGCAAAUCCUCUAUAACGUUACGGCUGGUACGAAGUCAAUGGACGCACGAAUACGACCCCACAAUCGAGGACUCCUACUCCACCACCCGCACCAUAGACGGCCGAACCUACUUCCUCUCCCUCACCGACACGGCCGGCCAAGAAGAAUAUCGUGGCCUCUGGGCCGCCUCAAAUCUCAAAUCCGACGCCUUCCUCCUCGUCUAUGACAUCACGGCUGCCUCCUCCCUCGACACCCUUGACUACUUCCUGCAAAUGAUAGAGAUGGAGUGUGCUCACCGGCAGGAUACAGGCGGUGUGCAGCCGGUCAAGCUUGUGGCGGGGAAUAAGUGCGAUUUGAAGGAUAGCAGGGUGGUUAGUAGUAGGCAGGGGUUGGAGUACGCGAGAAGCAGGGGCUGUGGGUUUAUGGAGACGAGUGCGAGGGAGAUGGUUAAUAUUGAGGAAACUUUUGCUCUAAUCGUGCGCCGCGUGGUCGCUGCUCGCCAACACGCAGCAGGCACGACUGCCGCACCACCACAGAGAAACCAAGGUCUCUUCAGCCACGCACAAUCGGCAUCACGAACGCAGCAAUUACCGUCGUACGGCGAAAAGGAAGCAGACACCACCGACUUCCCGGAAAGGCCUGGAGCCAAAAAGACGAAGCGGGGUGGUUUUUGGGCGAAAUACAAAUGCUGGUGA